AUGGCUGGUGCUCCUCAACUUGACGGCUUCUUCAGCCAGGUCGACGCGCUGACCCCCAAGUUCAUUGAGCGUCUCGCUGCUGCAGUCGCCAUUCCUUCUAUCUCUGCUGAGGAUGCUCGUCGGCCAGAUGUCAUCCGCAUGGCCCACUUCCUCGAGAAGGAGCUGAAGUCUCUCGGUGCUGAGGUCGAGCUCCGUCCCCUAGGCAAGCAGCAUGGCAAGGACAACCUUGACCUGCCCGUUGUCGUGGCCCGCUACGGAAACGACAAGAACAAGCGUACCAUCCUCGUGUACGGCCACUACGAUGUCCAGCCCGCCGAGAAGUCAGACGGCUGGGCCACGGAACCCUUCGAGCUGAAGGUCGCAGAGGACGGAAAGAUGCUCGGUCGUGGAUCCACAGAUGACAAGGGGCCUGUCCUGGGCUGGCUGAAUGCCAUCGAGGCGCACCAGAAGGCCGGCGUUGACUUCCCCGUCAACCUGCUGAUGUGCUUCGAGGGGAUGGAGGAGUAUGGCUCGGACGGCCUGGACGACUUCAUCAUGGCCGAGAAGGACAAGUACUUCAAGGACGCCGAUGCUGUCUGCAUUAGCGACAACUACUGGCUCGGCACCGAGAAGCCCUGCCUGACCUACGGCCUGCGCGGCUGCAACUACUACAACAUCGAGGUGUCAGGACCCGGCGCCGACCUGCACUCCGGCGUGUUUGGCGGCACAGCACAAGAGCCAAUGACCGAUCUGACACGCAUCAUGGCCUCCCUGGUUGACACCGAUGGCAAGAUUCAGAUCCCUGGCAUUAUGGAGCAAGUGGCCCCGGUCACCGCUGACGAGGAGACGCUCUACGAUAACAUCAGCUUUACUAUGGAGACGUUGCACGACUCGCUAGGCAGCAAGACGACCAUCUUCGAAGACAAGAAGUCUACCCUGAUGGCGCGGUGGCGCUACCCCUCCCUGUCUCUGCACGGUAUCGAAGGCGCCUUCUUCAACCCCGGCGCAAAGACCGUCAUCCCCGCCAAGGUCAUCGGCAAGUUCAGCAUCCGUACCGUGCCGGACAUGGACGUCGACAAGACCAACGCUUGUGUCGAGAAGUAUGUCAAGGAGCAGUUCGCCAAGCUGAAGUCCAAGAAUACCCUGAAGGUAUACCCCCAGCACACCGGCAAGUGGUGGGUCGCGAGCCCCAAGCACUGGAACUUUGGCGCCGCCGCAAAGGCCGUCGAGAGGGUGUGGGGUGUCGAGCCUGACUACACCCGCGAAGGUGGCAGCAUCCCAGUCACCCUGACAUUCGAGCAGGCCACGGGGAAGAACGUGCUGCUGCUGCCUAUGGGAAGCUCGAACGAUGGCGCUCACUCGAUCAACGAGAAGUUGGACAAGAGGAACUAUGUGGAGGGCAUCAAGCUGUUGGGCGCAUACUUGCACUACGCGGCCAUCGAGCCUACGGAGUAG